AUGGGGCAGAAGGGGAGCAAAAUAAAAAUAACUGAAACAGAUAGAGCAGUGCUUGAGUUGAAAAGAUCAAAAGACGAAAUACACAAGUUUACUAAAAGAACCGACCAACUGAUAAGUUCAGAAAGAAGUGAACUAAAGAACCUUAUGAAAGAGAAUCCUCGAAACUAUAAAGAGAAUACAAAAGUGAGAUUUUUAUUGAAGAGAAUACAUUAUCAAGAACAUUUACUUGAACGAGCUUCAGACCAACUAAUCAACCUAGAAAAUAUGGUUUCCACAGUAGAGUUCAAAUUAAUUGAAGCCCACUUUUUGAAAGGUAUACAAAACGGUAACGAGCUAUUGAAGAAGCUCAAUAGGGAGUUCAAAAACUUGGACGAAAUACUUGAUGAUGUUCAAGAGCAGAUAGCGUAUCAAAACGAAAUUGACGAAACUUUGUCGCAUUCGCUUGCUGGGGUUAAUGACUAUGAAGAAGAAAUUGACAGGGAGUUGGAUAGACUAAAUAAAGAAGUAAACCCCGAGCAAACAAUCAAAUUACCUUCCACCGAAGGAUUGGCCUCUCUUCCAGAACCUGUGCAUAAAGAAGAUUUAAAGGAUGGCAUGCCCUCUCAAAAAGUUGAAAAAGUUCCGGGAACAGAAGCAGUACUGCUGUCAUAG